ACCGGAGGCAAGAAGAUGAACCUGAAGCCCGGUUCCACCAAGGCAAAGUUCUCGAGCAUCACCGGUCCGGAAAUCUACUAUGACGGGGACAGCCAGAAGUGUUUGUUCGAUUGUUGGACCUCGCUUAACUCGAAGCGAGGAGCGCUACGGAAGGAGAUGAUGGCUAUCCGAAGGAAAAAGGUGAUGACGUUGCCUACCGCCAACUACGGCUACAGCGAUUCGGACGACGAGCUGGAAGCGGACGACUCGGAAAAGGAAGAUACCGAAGAGGACCGACUGCAGCGUGAGGAAGAGGAGAGGCAACGGAUCGAAGAGGAAGCGAAGAGGAAGGAGGAUGAGAAGAAGAGCAAGAGGUUGGAAUUCAUCGAUGGCUGUCUCGACAAAGCUGCAAGAGCAUGUGAGAACGCCGCAUAUCUUUGGCUCAAGGGUGAAGGAUGUAUGGGACACGUCGUGUUCAUCACUCAGCGGAUGAUGGAGGCAGUGCAGCGGAUUCAAUCCGAGAUG